AUGAAGGACCGGUCGCCGCCUUACGGCGCCGUUUACGUCCCUCCACACUGCCGUCUCCGCUCCCUCGUCUCCACUCCCUACUGUCACUCCUCUUCGACUGCCGCGUCUCUUUCUCCUCCAAUUGGCUCCAAAUUUCCCCGUAAUCACAGUGAGAACACUUCUGUUUUAAACCCUAGAAACUGUCCUCUUCAACGACAACAGAGAAACGGCGUCGCUGAUAACAAUAAUUGUGAUAAUUUGAAUAGUAUUAAGAAAUCGGUGCCGAAAUUUGUUUCUGCCUACGAUGACCGUGUAUCAGAGGAAGGCUCUGAUCUUGAAACGGACUCCUACGUGGUUCAACCUGGUGCUUGCCUUUCUGAUGGCAUUGAGGAAUGGAAGCGGAAAUUAACAAUGCUUUUGCACGACAAGGAAACGCAAGAAUUGAUUUCAAGGGAGAAAAAAGACCGGCGUAAUUUUGGGCAAAUAGCAGCUCUGGCGAGUAAAAUGGGCUUGCAUAGCCAUUCGUAUGCCAAAGCUGUUGUGUUUAGUAAGGUUCCACUUCCAAACUACAGAUUUGAUUUAGAUGACAAGCGUCCGCAGAGGGAGGUGAACUUACCCCUUGGUUUGCUACAAAGAGUUGACUCUUAUCUUGGAGACUACCUCUAUCAAAGGUCCAGGACUAAUAAUAAUUUUCCAGAUACAUUUUCUAGAUCAAGCAGUAGUAGUUUAUCUACCGAUGAUGGGCUUUUUGAGCAACCUGAGUCACUGGCUUCUAGUAAGGCUGUUAUGGAGAAAAUUCUGUGGCGGAGAAGCAUGCAAUUGCGUGAUCAGCAACGCACUUGGCAGGAUUCUCCAGAAGGCAGCAAAAUGCUUAAAUUUCGUAAAACUCUUCCUGCUUACAAAGAGAAGGAUGCCAUAUUGAUAGCCAUUUCACAAAAUCAGAUUGUUAUAAUCUCAGGUGCAACUGGCUGUGGCAAGACGACACAGAUUCCGCAAUUCAUUUUAGAAACUGAGAUAGAAUCUGUUCGUGGAGCUGUUUGUAAUAUUAUAUGCACGCAGCCAAGACGAAUAUCUGCUAUGUCUGUUUCUGAAAGAAUUGCUUCAGAGAGGGGGAGAAAUUGGGUGAAUGAUCUCCUUCCUUAUCGGCCAGAACUGAAGCUGAUUCUGAUGAGUGCAACCCUCGAUGCCGAGCUUUUCUCAUCGUAUUUUGGCGGAGCUCCAAUACUUCACAUUCCAGGCUUUACAUACCCAGUACAAACUCAUUUUCUGGAAAAUAUUCUGGAAAUGACGGGUUACAGAUUGACCCAAUGCAAUCAAAUUGAUGAUUAUGGUCAGGAAAAGAUGUGGAGGAUGGGCAAACAAGCUCCGAGAAAGAGGAAGAGUCCAAUUGCUUCCACUGUUGAGGAUGCAUUUAGAACAGCCGAUUUUAAGGAGUACAGUAACCAGACUCGGGAGUCUUUGUCAUGUUGGAAUCCUGAUAGCAUAGGUUUUAAUCUUAUUGAAUAUCUCUUAUGCAAUAUAUGUGAGGAUGAGAGGCCAGGUGCUGUUCUAGUUUUCAUGACUGGGUGGGAUGACAUAAGUUCUCUGAAGGAUAAGCUUCAAGCUCAUCCUUUAUUGGGAGAUCCAAGCCGAGUCUUAUUACUCACUUGCCAUGGUUCUAUGGCCAGCUCAGAGCAGAGGUUAAUAUUUGACGAGCCUGAAGAUGGUGUGCGGAAAAUAGUACUGGCUACUAAUAUUGCCGAGACAAGUAUCACAAUCAAUGAUAUUGUUUUUGUUCUCGACUGUGGGAAAGCGAAGGAGUCUUCCUAUGAUGCAUUGAAUAACACUCCUUGUCUGCUUCCUUCCUGGAUUUCUAAGGUUUCUGCUCAACAAAGAAGAGGAAGAGCUGGCCGUGUUCAACCAGGAGAAUGUUAUCAUCUGUAUCCUAGGUGUGUAUAUGAUGCUUUUGCAGAGUACCAAUUGCCAGAAAUUUUGAGAACGCCUUUGCAGUCUCUCUGUCUACAAAUCAAAAGUCUGAAACUUGGAAGCAUUUCUGAGUUUCUAUCUAGGGCUUUGCAGUCACCUGAGUUAUUAGCGGUUCAAAAUGCCAUUGAAUAUUUAAAAAUCAUUGGAGCCUUGGAUCAGAAUGAAAACUUGACUGUUCUAGGUCGAUAUUUGACUAUGCUUCCAGUGGAGCCUAAGCUUGGAAAGAUGCUCAUUUUAGGUGCUAUUUUGAACUGCCUGGAUCCAGUACUAACUGUUGUGGCAAGCCUUAGUGUUAGAGAACCUUUCUUGAUGCCAUUGGACAAGAAGGAUUUAGCAGAGGCUGCAAAAUCUCAGUUUUCUGGUGAUUAUAGUGACCACCUAGCUCUUGUCCGAGCCUACGAGGGCUGGAAAGUUGCUGAAAGAGAUCUUUCUGGGUAUGAGUACUGCUGGAAAAAUUUUCUCUCAGUACAAUCUAUGAAAGCUAUCGAUUCUCUUUGGAAGGAGUUCUUCUCCUUGCUCAUGGAUACUGGCCUUGUUGAUGGCAACCCAACCACCUGCAAUGCAUGGAGCCAUGAUGAGUAUCUGGUUCGAGCCGUUAUUUGCUAUGGUCUCUAUCCUGGAAUUUGCUCCAUUGUGCACAAUGAAAAGUCAUUUUCACUGAAAACUAUGGAGGAUGGCCAGGUGCUUCUGCACUCUAACUCUGUUAAUGCCCGAGAAUCAAAAAUUCCCUAUCCGUGGCUGGUUUUCAAUGAGAAGAUAAAAGUUAAUACUGUUUUUCUCCGGGAUUCAACAGCUGUUUCUGAUUCAGUGCUGCUUCUAUUUGGUGGGAGCAUCUCUAAAGGAGAUGCUGAUGGGCAUUUGAAAAUGUUGGGAGGAUAUCUGGAAUUUUACAUGCAACCUGCUGUGGCAGAAAUGUAUGAGAGCUUGAGAAGAGAGCUCGAUGAGCUGAUUCAGACCAAAUUUCCAGCUGUUCAAGGGUUUGACAUUGUUAAUUUCUGUCAUGGUGAAUGUGGACAGCUGUUGAAUCCCAGGAUGGACAUACACAUGCAUCACGAGCUUCUCUCUGCAGUGCGGUUAUUAGUUUCAGACGAUCAGUGUUAUGGCAGAUUUGUCUUUGGUUGCCAGGUCUUUAAGCCCUCAACACCAACUGUUUUGGCAACAAAGCCUGCCUUAAUUUCAAGGAGCGAUAGUGGACCUGGAGGUGAUAAUUCUAAGAGUCAGCUCCAGACAUUGCUCACCAGGGCAGGAUAUGCUUCACCAUGCUACAAGACGAGGCAAUUGAAGAACAACCAAUUUCGAGCCACUGUUGAAUUCAAUGGAAUGCAAAUUAUGGGACAGCCUUGCAACAACAAGAAGAGCGCAGAAAAAGAUGCAGCGGCUGAAGCCCUGCAGUGGCUGACGGGUGGGACCCAGACAAGCCAAGAAUACAUCAAUCACAUGUCAAUGUUUCUAAAGAAGAGCAAAAGGGAUCAUUAG